CGGAGCUCAGGAAGUGAGCGCUUCACUCUCAUACAUUCACGAGCUGUUUGUUGCCCACUUUGACAGAGCAGUUCAACACACUUCUAAGGGGCGGUGCAGCUCUGAGCGUGCGGGGAUCUGACCAGAAAGAGCCGCCACCUUCAGCAUGAUGGCCAACGCGGUUGGCGCAGCGGCUCUCUGUGGAGACCUGAAGGCCUUUCUAAACCAAAACCUCUCUAAAGGCAACAUUUCCCUGGUAACGCCGUCCAGCUACAGCCCCGCCACCAAAAUCACACUAGGAACAGUCAACUCCAAUGUGGGAGCCCAGAUGAUUUUAAGCACACCGCAGAGAGUGUCUCAUGCCGGAGGUAUCCUCAUCGGCAGCCCGUUUACGCCGCACACAACGCCGUUGGCCAUGGUAACUCAAGCACACCCUACCGAGGGCGAUGAGUGGACCCCGGGAAACAAAAAAAGGACACACGACUACAUUGACUCCUAUUACUCAGACAGGGAUGGACUCUGUUCGAGUGAUUCCUCGUCCAGUAAGAAAAUGAAGAGGGGAGAUAAGAACGGUAAAGGCCUGAGGCACUUCUCCAUGAAGGUGUGCGAGAAGGUACAGAAGAAAGGCACUACGUCCUACAACGAGGUGGCCGAUGAGCUGGUGGCUGAAUUCACUCACGCUAGCAGCCUGAUGCCCGCCGACUCGCAGGUUUACGACCAGAAGAACAUCCGCCGGCGCGUGUACGACGCACUCAACGUGUUGAUGGCCAUGAACAUCAUCUCUAAAGAGAAGAAGGAGAUCCGCUGGAUCGGCCUGCCCACAAACUCGGCCCAAGAGUGCCGCAACUUAGAGAUGGAAAAACAGAAGCGUUUGGAAAGAAUCCGACAGAAAAGAGCCCAGCUAGAGGAGCUAAUAUUACAGCAAAUCGCCUUUAAGAAUCUGGUGCAGAGGAACCAGGCCAGCGAAGCCUCGUCCCAGUCCACUCCUCCACCAGGAUCUGUCAUUCAGCUUCCCUUUAUCAUCCUCAACACUGACGUCCGCACCGUCAUCGACUGCUCCAUCUCUAGUGAUAAGUGUGAAUACCUCUUUAACUUUGACAACACGUUCGAGAUCCAUGAUGACGUGGAGAUCCUGAAGCGGAUGGGCAUGUCUCUGGGGCUGGAGAACGGCACAUGCUCUCCAGAGAACCUCAGCAUGGCCAGAUCUCUGGUGCCCAAGUCUCUGGAAGCAUAUGUCGCUAACAUGGCCACAAACUCCAACAGAACACCUCUCAGCCACACCAGCCACAGCAGCACGGCCGCGUCGCACGCCUCGGAGUCUCGCGGCCAGACGCCCAGCUCCUUCAACGAGGAAGAGGACGACGAAGACGACGACAAUCCUUCUUCCCCAGAGUGACCUUGAGCUCGGAGCUGGGGGAGGAAACGCUACACAGGAAAUAAGCUGCCGCUCCUCUCUAUAUCACCGUAUUUUAACCACCCUCACCAUCUCUGUCCACCUCUUUCCCAGCUUGGCACAAACGCCAGGGGUCUUUGGCUUCUGCGGUGCUUUUUUUGGCUAGCGAGCCGCGGGUCGAGCCACAGAGGAGAGAGUUAAUGAAGAUUAACACGUCUCCUGUCAUCUCAGUGUGCAGCUCUUCUCUGCUUCCUGCCCCGAGGGACGUUCAAAUUCUUUCCAAAAAUGUAUUUAUUUCGGUCAUAUUUGAAUAUGACGAUAUCUGCGUGGUCCACUUCUUCUUCUUCUUCUUCUUCGUGAGGAUCAGAAAGCAACGCGCUGAUGUUACUGUUCCGAAUGAAAGGAAUUGACAUCCUCGCAUUAAAUAAAAGAAAGGAAAAACGAUCUUUUUUCUUUAUAUAGGUUGAUUCAUUGCCAUUUUGUUGUAUUGUAUAGUUUAUUCCUUGUCAUUCAUCACAAUAGUUGAAGCGGGAUGAAACAUGGAUGGUUGUAUCCGCUGUUCCGGGUUCAAAUAGCUUCUUCCUCGGGCUAUUUGAAUGUUGCAUGUUGGGAGCUGUAGUCUUGUUGUGAGAUUUUGUUGGCAUCGAGGGUGGAGGAUGUAAAGGAAACUGUCCCGAUCCACUCGGGUGGGCUUUUUAAAACCAACUCAACCCAACAGAACGAAUGAAUUUUGGUUUGCAAUGUAACUGUAUGUACAUGUAUACAAAUAUAAACAUAUAAUUUUGGUUA